GUGAAACAAUGUGGUGAGGCCUUGCAGCAGCAUACAUGUCGAGCAGUUUGUCACAAGUAUGGCAAUGACAAUACAUGUCAGUUCUUGUUCCCUCAUGAGAUAGUAGAGAGGUCAUUUUUCAAGGCUGCCACAAACUCUGUCAUUUUUAAGUGUAGAGAUGGCACUGUCAACUAUUUCAAUCCCAACAUUCUUGUGUUCUGUCGCCACAAUCAUGACCUGAGGUGCAUCCUGUCUGGCAAAAGUGCGAAAGCUGUGAUGUUUUAUAUUUCAGACUAUAUCACAAAGAUGGACACUAAAACAUAUGAGAUGUUGUCCCUUCUG